UUAAAGUUUUCAAAUCUGUUAUCGCAGAAAUAUCUUGAGUUAGAACCCCUUGUAAAAAAACAGCGACCAAUACCAGCCCGUACAUGUUUGUUGAACCGAGUAUCGACACAGAAUGAAAUUCACAUUAAACAAUUAUAAAGUUCCGCUAAACGACAUCCCUUGAUUACAUCUCUUAAAACGGUAGUGUCACGAGGAAGCAUUUAUAAUGUUUAAGAUAAAUGCUGCACAUGGCAGCCCAAGCGGAUAUGUUAACUUUACCCACUUUCAGUGUAAUCUCAACCAUCACAGAAAUGAGACUAACAAACUUAUUUCUAAUUUUGUUAGUAAUUAAAAACGUUUCCAGUGACGAUCAAUCAUCGGGGGUGAUGGGAAAAAUCAAAGCGGGGUUUGAAAUUGCCGGAAAAUUUUUGGGAAUCGAUCCGUCGAAUAGCUUGGCACAAAUGGUAAGUGACACAUUCAGUGGAAAGCAUUCAAAACCCUCCUCGGAAGAAUUUGAUGGAAAAUUUCACAUUUUCUCCGGAUUUUUGCGUCUGUUGGGCUUAGACACGAAGAAGAUCAGCGCGAUUGCUGUUAACGCAAUUAUAUUUAUUGCGCAAUUGAUUAGUUCAACCUUAUCCAAACCUCCGCCAUCUCAGUUGACGGAAGCGAGAAGGGUGAAAGAUGGAACUCCCUACGAUUGGGUGUUGAACAAUUCUAACCUGGCCCAUAUUUUGGAAAGCGCCAAGGGGGACGACUUGCCAGAAAACGUAGUGGGAUACAUCAAAGAUCAAGCCUUGGAGGAGGACACCGAUUGCAUUCAACUUUUACUCUGUAAGGCUUCACCUUUAAUAUGGGGAAUGCAAAGGACUGUUAAUUCCUCGCACGAAAAUGUACCCAAGGGAAAGGCGGCUCUGUUUGCGAAUCUACCCACUCUAGAUGAAUUCGCGGAUUACGGCGACACAUGCGAACAGAAACACCCGUACUGUUUAAUAUAUUAUUAAUCUUUGCAACUGUAUAAAUUAUGUAACAAUAA